GUCGGAGAGUACGCAUGGACAGAUGGAUGAGAAACUCCAAAAAAUCAUGAAAAAAACUAAAAAUACUAUGAAAAUCGCUGGAAUAAUGGAAGUGGAAUCUGUUGACUCUACUACUGAAGACAUCAGUGCCAGUGAAGAUGAGGGUCAUCAGGAGAAGCAUGAAAAGCUGUUAGAUGCAAUUGCCGAGCUUGAUGGAAAGAAGAGGAAACGGAAGGAUUUGCGGAUUGAACCAUCAUCUCAAGUCUCUGAAUUCAACUUGGCAACAGCCGCCAGCCAAAAUCAAGUUGUCCUUCACGAACUUGUGGGCAUCUUAAAGGACACUAGCAGCCAAAAAGAUAUCAGGAAAAAACUCAAGUCAGCCAAGACCAAGAAAGUCCUCCCAACACCACUGAACAAGUUUGAGCAGGAACGAGUUGAAAGAUCUCUUGCCUAUGAAAAGAACCAGAAAGAAGUCAGCAAAUGGUUGCCUAUUGUUCAGAAGAAUAGACAGGCAAAGCAACUACAUUUCCCACUCCAAAAGUCCAGUGUAAAACUUGAAACAACAGACAACCUCGUGCAGAAAUUCCAGCCACGAACCCCACUUGAGUUGGAAGUUGCCAAGAUGCUGCAUGGGAGUGAUCAUGUCUUGUCAAAAGAGAGAAUGCUUACACGGGCUGAGGAGAGAGCAUUGAAGGCUAUGAACUUGGAAGAGGCCAAAGCAAGGAGGGCAGAAUUGCAGAAAUACAGAGCUUUGUUGUCUUACAAAGAGGCCAAGGCUCGGAGGCAGAAUAAGAUCAAGAGCAAAAAGUACCACCGAAUAUUACGCAAAGAAACGCUAAAGAAGGGACAAAGAGCUCUUGAAGACCUCAAGACAUCUGACCCAAAGGCCUAUGGGGAGAAACUCGCCCUACUGGAAAAAGAAAGAAUGCAGGAGCGAAUGAGUUUGAAGCACAAGGGAGGGAGUAAAUUCAUGGCCAAACAAAUGAUCUAUGGAAAGUACAAUAAGGAGGCCAGAGACAAUGUGCAAGAAAUGGUAAAGAAAAACAAGGAGUUGACCACAAAAAUUGCCAUAGAGAGCGACAGCGAGUCGGAAUCUGAACUGGUCAAAGCCGCGCCUGCUGAAAACAAGGACAAGAAGACGAUGUUUAGUCCGUGGACUGGUUCGAGUCUCUCCGGGGCAAACCCAUGGAUGGAGCCAGUCAAAGCCAAAUUGCCGAUAAAUUAUACCCGUCCGGAGGCUAUGGUGAAUACUGAGGUGGUGAUAGUUAGUGAUGGCGAAAUAGGAGAUGUGGUGUCUGAUAUGGACACAUCUGAGCCUCAGAGGCGACCUGUGGAAGAGGUGAUCUUUGACUCUGAGGAGGAAUCGGAUUCUGAUUCAGUAGUGGUUAUUUCUAACUCUGAAAAUAAACCUGUUGUGAUUGCACAGGGGACUUCGUCUGUUGUGGAAGAGGUCACAUUAUCAAGCUCUGAUUCUGAGGAAGAGCAGUCUCCUUCUGUGAUGGAAGAGGUUGUGUUGUCGAGUUCAGAUUCAGAUGAGGUGCAGGUCAUUAAUGAAAAGGACAUUGAUGAGUUAUUCGAUGAGCUUGAGAGAAGGAAAAAUAAGCGCAAUCAAGAAAGCAAACAAGAGAAAGUCCAUAAAAAAGUGCCUCUGAAAAAACAAAAGAAUAAUAAGAAAAGGAAGCAGAAAGUUGAAAAAAUAGACAGUGAUGAUGAUGAUCAGCAGAAAUUAGAGGCUUUAGAAGUUCAGGAUGGUGGGGAGGAAUUGACGACCGGUUCUUUGCUGCGGAAGCAGACACUUGAGGAGUUGGGGGAGUGGUCAGAUUCAGAGGCGGGCAGUGCAAAGCAGCCGAGAUUGGAGGCCGAUUGUGAAAACAUUUCUAACAAUAAAAGCAAAUCAAUGAAUUCAGCAGAAAAGGACAUUUCGAUAGAUCCCAAACUAGUCCUGACUGUUGAAACUAAAAUCAAAAAUAGUUUAGCGUCGAAUGUGGUAUCUGACGAGGAGGAGGGAGAAGACGAGGAUGCCCAGAGGAUGACGAUCAGUGAAGCAUUCGUCGAUGAUGACGUCAUGGAGGAGUUUUCCAAAGAGAAGAAAGCUGCUAUUGAUCGAGAUAAGCCCAAGGAUUUGGACCUGACCUUGCCUGGAUGGGGAGACUGGGGUGGAACAGGCCUUGUUGUGUCAAAAAGGAAGAGAAAGAGGUUCCGUAUUAAGGCUGCUCCAGCACCUCCCCGCAAAGACUCAAACCUGGACAAUGUCAUCCUAAGUGAGACCAAGGACAACAGUGUUGCAAAACAUCAGGUGAGCAACCUACCAUAUACCUACAACAACGUGAAACAGUUUGAAAGUAGUGUCAGGGCACCAAUUGGUAAAACGUGGAACCCAGAGACGUCAUUCCGAGACUUAACGAAACCUAAGGUGCUGACUCGGGCAGGUACAAUCAUCGAACCCAUGGAUGAUAGUGUAAAGUAUAAAAAACAAAAGGAAAUGAAGAAACCAAUGGAGAACAAGAAAGUGAUAAAAAAGUACAAUAAUAAGUCUAAAAAAGGAAAACACAAGAAAUGAACAUUGACUAUCUUGACUGAAUCUUACUAGGAAUACAUCUGCGCCUAAUCUUAGUGGCACGUUAAUAACACUCGUCUGUCCUUGGAGGAGAAAAACUUUCCGGGGAAUAUCACACCGCCAACGGCAGAGGGAAUGCCCAAGAAGAAGGAUUCAAUUUGAAAUUUCUACCUGAAGAGAACAUUGUUAUAGUCACUGUCACAUUGCUUAGAGAUGGGCGUGUUCAUUCUUCUUGCCUCUUUAAAAUCGCCCAGUCGACCAGUUUCUCUCUGUAUGAUC